UUUCCCCGAAAUAAAUAUUUAUCCAAAGUCUAUAAAUAGACAACGGUCACCUAUCGCUUUCUUUACCUCACUUCCUCAGCAGUUACCAUUACUAUUUGAAUUGAGCCGCGGCUCCUAUAUCUCUCUCUCUUCGCAGAUCAGAUCCAGAUCCCUCAAAAGUUCAGAAUAUGGGUCGUGGAGUUAGCGCUGGUGGAGGACAGAGUUCAUUGGGCUAUCUGUUUGGGAGUGGAGAGGCUCCAAAACCAAGCACAAACAAUGCCCAAGCUGCUCCAAGCGAGGUCCAGCCUGCAAACAAUCCACCUCCUCCUAAACCUGCUGCGGCCCCUCAGCCAGCUGAAAUUAACAGGGAGUUUCCUGCUGGUAUCAACAGUACUUCCACAAACAACUAUUUGAGGGCAGAUGGUCAGAACGCUGGCAAUUUCAUCACGGAUCGACCUUCAACCAAGGUCCAUGCUGCUCCUGGUGGUGGAUCUUCUCUGGGAUACCUCUUUGGUGGUGGUAGCAAUUGACGCAUGCAAUCAUGUCUUCAUACGGAGUUCUGUUUGUUGAUCUUUGUGAACCUUAGUUUGAAUGAAGCCAUGCUUUCAUCUUCAAUAUGAUCCAUGACAAUUUGUUGGAUCAUGUGGUGUAAUAUCUUCUGUGUUCUCUUUGUUGUUUCAACAUUUCAAUCACGAUCGUGGGAUUUAGAUGCCUGGGCAUCUGUUAAAAAUCGUGUGGAUAUUUUCUGAUACAUAUAGCAUCCGAACAAUAUGUUGUUUCUAA